AUGUCGAAUCCUUCGUCCACAACUGCUAGAGGUCCCACCAUCUUCACGAGCCGUGUCGAUGGUGGUUCAUCUUAUACGCAGCAACAACCUCUUCAUGGUCCUCGUAGUGCACGCACAACCACGAUGAGAAUGAUGUUGUGUGUGGUUUUAGCAGCCUUUGCGGGGAUCGACGAAACGCGUGCGGUAAGGCUUGGGAAGGCGAACAGUCAGAACAACUGGGGGUUGCUCAAUAGUCUGAAUAUCAGCGUGGGCAAACAGCAGCAGCAGCAGCAGGAGCAGCAAGCUUAUCGUUACGAAGCACAACCAGCAUCAAUGUUGGCACCGCAGGCUCCUCACGCUGGUGAGCAAUCUGCACAACAACGACCCCAACAACCGUCACUGAUGAAUUUGAAUACCGGUCUACUGGCACAGCAACAAGGACAAGUACAACAUCAGUUGCCAUUAUUGAGUACCGCUGGUCUAAUCGCACACGGCGCAGACGCGCAACAAGAACAGCACCCACAAAAUGAAUAUCUGGAGAUGGAGGACAACUACAACCUCAUGCGUGACAGUAACACUCCCCCAGCGCUACAACCUCAUGCUGAAGCAUCUUCGGGGCCACAAGAAGCACGUCGAACGGCGGAUUGUGAGCUCUGUUGCGAGCGUCGUAUUGGUCAAGUGGACACUCUAGAGGAUUUUGGAGGUAGAAAACGGUAUGGGAAGGGGAAACUAGCCAGCUUACGAAAGUGCCUCGUUUGUCCUUGCAACUCAAAAAGUGCUAAUGGACCACCUUUCGGAGAUGAGAGCAGUCCUACAAGUGCCGAAACUCCUAAAGAUACUACAGGUGAACUUGUUCUGCAUUGCAAUAAUUAUUGC